AUGAACCUAUCAAUUGCUAGAAAUCUUGAAUGUGUGCUACAGAAAAUCGAUGCAGCGUUCGCUAAGGUUGAAAAUACGGGCCAACCGCGUCCCAAAUUAAUUGCUGUUUCUAAAACUAAACCUUCGAGAUAUGUCAUUGAAGCUUAUAACGCCGGACAAAAAGUGUUCGGAGAAAAUUACGUUCAAGAACUAGUUGAAAAAAGUCAUAAUGAAGAGGUUAGAAAAUUUAUGUUCUCUACUGUUCCCAAUUUGGCUAUGGUAGAAACUGUAUCUAAUCUAAAGAUCGCUCAUUUACUUGACUCUGCUUGGGAAAAGGUAUCAACUGAACCUCUGGAUAUUCUUAUUCAAGUUAACAUAAGUGGAGAGGAGCAGAAAGGAGGUGUUCCAGUUUCUGAAGUUGUCGGACUUUUCAAAUCCGUUUCCGAAAGCUGUCCACAUCUGAAACCCUGUGGUUUAAUGAUGAUUGGAAAGUAUGACUAUGAUCAAAGUUUGGGUCCAAAUCCUGAAUUUCAACGUCUUUAUGAUUGUCGAGAUAAACUAUGCGAAACUCUGGGUCUUUCAAAGCACUCUCUCCAUCUAAGCAUGGGAAUGUCAUCCGACUAUGAAAUGGCCAUAACAAUGGGCAGCACAUUAGUUCGAGUUGGCUCUAAUAUUUUUGGAUCUCUAAUGCCAAUAGAAAGUAAAUUACCCAUCGGCUCUGACGGAAAACCUCUCAAACCUUGUUGUGCUUGUCCAGAAACUCGAAAAGCUCGCGACGAAUGCAUUAUUUCUAACGGUGAAGAAAAAUGUCGGGAUUUGAUUGAGGCCCAUUUAAAGUGUCUCCCAAUGGAAGUAGAAAAGAGAGGACCUCGUUUCAGAAUUAUUGGCUCUUUGAUGCCAAGACUUCAGGGAAGAGAAGUGUGUCUUUUGGGAAAGGCUGUCUCUGUUGAUGCUUCCGGUCAAAAAUUGACAAUGCAGACUGCUGAUGGUGUGAAUGUCAUUUGUCAACUACCGUCACCUCUUCAGGCAAGUUAUAUUUCAACUAGGAGAAGAAAAAUGGUUUCUCCUGACUCCUGCAUCGUAGAAGUUCAAGGGACCAUCACUAAAGCCAAUGAGAUUCACACUACUGCCGAACCAAUAAUCUUCUCCCGUGAGACUAGCGCCAGUUUUGACUUGGAGCGCUACGCCUAUGCGGUUAACAUGACGGUCACUUUUGAUGGACUCUAUAUGCAGUCCCCGGAGGAGUAA